AUGAGCCGUGUGAUUGAAUUCCUCAAGGCUUUCAACUCUCGUACGUGCCAGGUUGUCUUGGGUGCAGGGGCAAUGCGAUCUGCCGGUCUCAAAAAUAUCACUGCGAAGCAUCUCGCACUUGCAUCUCAAUCCCUGUCCAUUAUGAUAGCCCUCAUUCCCUACGUUCGAGAGACUUUUCGACGGCACCUUAGCCAGAAGCAGGCUGUUAUGCUAGUAGAAUUUGACAAACUCAAACACCAGGAUUAUCAGGAGCAUCAGAACGAGAUUCACGCAAAGUUGAUUGCGAUCAUGGGCGACCGUCUCAACGCCCAUAUUCGUACUUUCCAGUCUACGCCACGGGAGGGUGUCAACUCUUACAUGACAGUGUUGGUGCGAGAGACGGUGACCCUUCACAAAGUGCUGUCGCGCCAUCUCUCCGCCGCCGUUGUAGAGGACGUGAUGGUACAGGUAUUCGCCGCGAUCAACCACCGCCUUUUGGAAGAGUACGCAAAAAGUAGUUUUGCCCAACGAAGAGGCACGCCAGGGGUGCGUCUUUUCCCGGCCUUCGAUAAUGAGCGAUUUUUGACAAAUUUGUGCCUUGACAGCCUCCUUACAGAUGCGCGAUUUUUGCAUCAGAAGUUGGCUGAGCUCAAGAAUGUCGGUAAACCAAGUGCGAUGCUCGAAAUUGUUAUUGCCGAGCUACGUGUCCCCCAGCCAACUUCGCCCGCUGUGAACGCAACAAACUUCAAUUCAGCGAAGUCACCAGCUACAAUACCUAAUGCGGCGUCUGUACCACGACCACAAACUCUACAUCAUCGCCCGCCCCGAAUCCCAAUCGAAAUUCUCUUGCAGCACGUUUACGCUGGAACUCACUUGCCGCGAAUGCUAUCAGCAGCGCCACCAAUCCUAGUAUAA